AAUUCAAUUACGACACAGUAGAAAAUUGAAAACAUGUCGAUUGGCUUUGUCCUACGGCAAAAUAUUGGAAAAAGUCAAUUACAAGUGUGCAGAUCUUAACAGAUAAAGGUAAAACUGAACAUUUAAGGCAUACAUCAAUUGUUUUAAAUCACAAAAAUGAUGACUAGACGAAGCGGUUUGCAAUUAAAGCGAGAAACACGUUCUUCGAAUGUGAAAACUGAAAUCGAAUUGAAAACAGAACUCAAACAAUCCGAAAUUCGCUUCCGUAAAGCAUGCAACCAGAUCAAUUUACUGAACAAAAAGAUGGAAAGCAUUCACAAACGUUAUAACUGUGCUAAAAAGAAGAAUCACCGUGUGUUCAGAUACAAGUUGCGGCUCAGACUCGCCGUCGUGGAGGGGCUUAGGAACAUGUAUUAUGAAUAUGCAAACAAAAAGGCAUCUCGUGUUGUGGAGCUUCGCAGCGAGUUGUUUAAUGAGAAUGUGGAGAUUGUGCAGCAGGAGGAUAGCGAGUUUGAAGAUUCUGAAAUGGAAGACAGCAAUGAGUAGAGGGUUAGCACAACAGCCUGGAUAUUAGUGAUUGUUUAAUUGUACACAAUGUAAGGCCAUUUGCUUCUUGUAUUUGUUAUAAUAACCUUUUUGAAGCAGAGUGUAAUUAUCACUUGAGUUAUAUUGUUAUUACGGAAAUGAACUUCGUAGAUGUGACAUUAAGAUUUUAUAUAGUGGUAUUCUUUUUAAGACCUUAAAGCAAAGGUUGUGCACAUGUUUAAGCUUGAAAAUGUAUUGAUGUGAUUAAGUCUGUAUAGUUAUCUAGUGCAUAUGAAUUUCUGUUGGGUACAAAGAGAUCAAUAGGUUACACAGCAAGAUAAGAAAAUUUGUUAAUCAAUAUAUCUUUCCCAUUAUAAAAUAUCCUGUGCAACAUAAUGAGUCCAAUGUUAUCAGUUUUUGCCAAGGAAUUUGUGCUAUGAACAUGUUUAUAUGCAUCAAGAGAAGGUACUUUUUUUUUGGGGGGGGGAGGGUUAAAAAAAGUUUGCCUUUUUCUAAGGGGUUGUCUAUGACACAUUUAUAGAAACUUUAUGAGCAGCAAAGAACAUAUACUGAAAUGAAAGAACAACUUUUAAACAUUCCUCAAAUUUAGAUGAAUCCUUUUGGACAGGAACAGUUUCAUUAAGCUGUUAUGAAUUGUCAAACAAAUGUAAUUUUAUUGUUUGUCUAAUUAGUAUGUCAGCUGUAACAUUUGUGUUUGCUACCCUUAAGGUGUUAUAGACUAAAGUAGUGAAACAAAAUUAUGUAUACAAAUUGUAUUUGCUCAAAAAUUCAAACAAGCUUUGUCUUUAACACUUAAUUAAAUAUAACAACACCUAAGUACCACAUUUAAACGUUUACACCUCACAAGAGAAUGGAUGUUUAUUGUGUAUAAUUUCUUAAGAAGAACAUAAAUCAAGAUGGCCAAGUGGGUCUACUUAAGAUCUCUGUUGAAUCAUGUAAUGUAGUUUCCAACCCUUGAAAUGCAGGCCUGCGAAAUCGUGUUAACUAUCAUCAUAGUGUGCUCUGGGAAUUGCACCGGAAUAAAGCCCCUUUUUCAUAUGAAUGAUUGUAUUGGUUUUAUUCCUUUGCUUUUUUCGUUCUACUGUGAUGACUAUUGCUUUUGUCAGGAAUAUGAACCAUGCUUUGGGAAAACCGGAAUUUAUUCUAAUUCACCAAAUUAGCCUAAGAAGUCUGCAAGCUUAUCAGGGACCACACUUUCCACUUAAACUGGAUUGUUAGUAAGAGGAGUCUACCUUGAAAUGAGAAACACCGUAAACGUGGAUAGUGUUGUCACUGAUAAGUCUGUGCAGACUACACAGGCUAAUGUCGGACUACACUUUAUGCACAUGCACUAAGCCCCUUUUUCUCAGAGCGUGCUCCAUAUUUUGUUGUUGUUAAAUUGUUCUCAGUUCAACAAAUGUUGAAAUUUUCAUUAGCAUCCAUUAUAACCAGUAUGGUUGUUCCAGUAGGUUGAAUGUAAAGACUAUAAGCUUUGUGUUAUUUUGCAAUUAAACAACUGUUAAGCAUUUUUGUUAAGGAGUUGAAAAUCAAUAGUCAGCUUGAAAAAAAAGUGAUAUGAGUGUGAUCAGGGUUUUUGUCAUUGAUGUCCAAGUGAGAAAAAAACUCUUCAUAAACCCUAAACUCUUCAAACAUACUGUAUCAGCUUGGCAUUAGUAUUAUUUACCAAUUUCUGGGUAUGGUAUUUAAGUGUUCUUUUUGUGGGGAUUUAUGUAUGGAAGAGUUGUUGUUUAGGAGUACGAAUGUAUGGAAGCGUGGUUUUUAAGUUUCCUUUACAACUGUACAAAAGAGUUGUUGUUUAGAAGUACGAUUGUAUGGAAGAGUUGUUGUUAAGGAGUACAAUUGUUUGGAAGAGUUGUUGUUUAGGAGUAUUAUUGUAUAGAAGAGUUGUUGUUUAGGAGAACAAUUUUAUGAAAAAGUUGUUGUUAAGGAGUGUGUUUGUAUGGAAGAGUUGUUUAGUUUCCUUUACAACUGUACAAAAGAGUUGGUGUUUGAUUGUAUGGAAGAGUUGUUGUUAAGGAGUAUGAUUGUAUAAAAGAGUUGUUUAGGAGUCCGAUUGUAUGGAAGAGUUGUUGUUAAGGAGUAUGAUUGUAUAAAAGAGUUGUUUAGGAGUCCGAUUGUAUGGAAGAGUUGUUGUUAAGGAGUAUGAUUGUAUAAAAGAGAUGUUUAGGAGUCCGAUUGUAUGGAAGAGUUGUUGUUUAGGAUUAGGAUUGUACAGAAGAGUUGUUGUUUAUGAGUACGGUUGUAUGGAAGAGUUUUUUUUAGGGUACGAUUGUAUGGAAGAGUUUUUUUUAAGGGUACGAUUGUAUGGAAGAGUUGUUGUUUCCUUGCAAAUUUUAAAUGAAUUGUUAAUUUAAGUUCUUUGUACUGAAUGUUUUGAUUUCUUCUGUACCCACUUUGAGUUAUUGUAAUGUAUUGUAUGUUGGAUUUGAUAAUUAUGUACAUUAUUUUAUUUCAUGUUACUUGGCUUAUUUUACCUUUUAGUUUUAAAAGGUUUUAGCCCAAGUGGAUCUUAUAUGAACUUGACUCACCUAAGUGUGAAUAAAAAUGUUUGAAGAUUAACCUUUAAGGUACAUAUUUUAAUAAAUAUUUGAAUUUGUUAACCAUAUUUUAUAAUUGCUUACUGAUACAUUUUGUAUUGUUUUAUUUGUAAGAAUAUGACUGUAGACAGUUUGGAUAAAACUGUUAAUGUACCAACAGUUGACCAUUUCAUAGUUGAUAUGGCCAGGCAUAAAAAUUUUCUUUUCUUGCAAUAUUGGAUGCCUGCACAGGCAGCCCUCUUUAGCACAGCCAAUGAGUUAAGCUCCCAGAUUCAAGUACGCAACAUGUAUGUGUAAUACUUUCUUUAAUAGAUAAUUAAUCAAGAAUGCUGAGAGAUUCAUUUUUGAAGCAGUAUAAGGCUAUAAGCUUGAAUUAAAGGAUUUCAAAGGCCUAAAUAAGUGAAUGUAAUUACUGAUUCACAACGUCCAUUAUUAAUUCAAUGGUUAAUUGCAAGAAAUGUUUCAAGCUAGUUGAAUGAUCAGACUACCAACUUGUGUUAUUGAGUUGCCCAUUGCCCAAAUCCUCUCGCCCAGAGUUAAUGGGAAGCCACUAAUUUCCAUCCCUGAUGGCCAUUCUCUUUUAAUUUCUCUAUGAUAGCCUUUUGCUAACAAAAGUAAUAAAUGUUCUUAGAAAUGUUAUACUUUGCCUCACAAUUGUCCCAUUAAAAACCUGUAUCUUUGUUGAAAUUCAUCAAGGAAUAAUUUCUCCCUGAGAUUGCCUUACAAUUUAAAUGAAUGGGAAUGCCAUUAAGGUACAGUGUGCACAUCAAAGGGUCAUAAAGAAAAACAACAUUUAGCUGUGAAAUCAAAGUUCAAAGUUAUUAUUAAAAGCUGAUAUUGCAAUGAGUAGGAAUGUUUGGGCUAAAAUAAGACAUCCUUUGUUAAUAGCAUUGUUGAAGUUUUUGUUUAGAUUUUUAAUUUGUUGCCUUUAAGAAAAACAGGCUUUUAAGUUGACCUUAAAAAUGUCUGCAUUUUUUUUGUACUUUCAGUUUUUGGUUCAAGAUACUGUAAACUGAAGAUAAACACAAAAUACAGUUUUAUUAAUUUUUGUUUUUCAGAAUGUGUAAGCUUUUUUGUAUAUAUUUGUGAAGUUUGUUCUUUAACAUACAAUAUUGUAUGAAAACCUUAUAUGUCAGUUUAAGAUUAUUUUUAAACAAUUCAUAAUGUUCCCUUGGUAAAGUGAAUUUGAUGCUAAUCACAAUGUUUGUAAACCAAGGAGAGUUUUGUGUUUUGUAUUUUGUUUUGAACUUAGUUGUUUUAACAUAUAUUUGGUUCUCUGCCAUCUUUGUGCAAGAAUAGAGUACUAGUUGAUUCACUUAACAUGUUAGCUUUUGUUAAAUGCUAUUGUAUGACCAACCACAAUUCUACAUAACAUCAAGUGACUAUUUAUGCAAUUAUGGUAAAUGUUUAUCAAGACACGAAUUUCUAUUCUUCACCCUUGCACAAACAUGUACGAUGAUUAAUAUUCAAAUUGGUUCAUAUUUUAAUAUAAUGCAUGUGAAUUAGUUGUGUUCAUACAGGGUGUACUAUUAAUUCUUGAAUUCUCCGUUUAGUUUGUCCAAGAUUGUCGCCCUUUGCACAAAGUUUAAAAUGUCAAGUUAUACAUUCACUUUGAGAAAUAGUGGUAACAAACGCUAUUCUCUUCCGUGUGCUUUGAAUGGAGACAAGACAUGAGCUUUACUUUUUUAUGCCCCCAGAUCGAAUGAUCGGGGGCAUAUUGUUUUUUGGCCUGUCUGUCUGUCAUUCUGUCCCAAAACUCUAACCUUGGUUAAAGUUUUGCGAUAACUUGCAAUAUUGAAGAUAGCAUCUUGAUAUUUGGCAUGCAUGUGUAUCUCUUGAAGCUGCGCAUUUUGAGUGGUGAAAGGUCUAGGUCAUCCUUCAAGGUCAAAAGUAAAAAAAUACAAUCCAAGGGAAGUAAUAAGCUUUAAAAGGGAGAUAAUUUUUAAACCUGCCAAAUGAUAUAUAUUGAAAUUUUAUUUCAAAGCGGCGCAAUAGGGGGCAUUGUGUUUCUGACAAACACAUCUCUUGUUUCAUUUUAAUAAUGUUGGACCGAGUCUCAUUGAUAAUUUUGAAUGAUGAAUAUUUGUAUAAAGUAUUUGACAUGGUGUUGUUUGCUGAAUGUUGUUUUUAAACAAUAUGGAUUGCACGGUGAAUUGUGCAUGGAAUUAUUGUUAAUAAUUAUAAUAAAUGUAUCUCAAACUUAA